CUUUGAUCAUCCUCCGUCGUGACGCAUCGCGCAGGAACCGAUCGACAGAUCGAUGGACGAGCCGGGCAAGGAGCAGUGUCCGAACCAGAGCUCCUCCUCCCAGUCUCAGUACAGGGGCGUGAGGAAGAGGAAAUGGGGCAAGUGGGUGUCGGAGAUCCGGCAGCCCGGCACCAAGACCCGCAUCUGGCUCGGCAGCUUCGAGUCGGCCGAGAUGGCGGCGGUGGCGCACGACGUGGCGGCGCUGCGGCUGCGCGGCCGGGACGCGCAGCUCAACUUCCCGGGGUCGGUGGACAGGCUGCCCCGGCCGGCGAGCUCGCACCCGGACGACGUCCGUGCCGCCGCGGCGGAGGCGGCUGAGCUCGUGCGGGGCGAGCCGGCGCUGGUGGCGCGCGAGUGCCCCGGGUGGGAGCUGGUGGGCGGGAGGGGGAGCGACGAGGAGUUCGAGGUGGACUCGCCCAGGCUAUGGGCCGAGAUGGCGGAGGCCAUGCUGCUGGAGCCGCCUGCAUGGGCCACGGGCACCAGCGAGAUGGACCAGGCCGCGCAGUGCUGGUCUCACGGGUCACUCUGGGACGCCUAUUGAGCUCGGCCCGUCGGCCAAUGCGUAUGGUUGGCCGUUAACUAGGGGGUACGUCCACCUCAAAAAAAAAAAAAAAAAAAAAACUAGGAGGUACGUAACGUACGUACGUGCCAUUGACCUCAGUACCUUGCAACUCUUUCUCUUGAGAGGGGUACAUGGAGUCUACGCCCAACGUGAGGCGUUCGAGCCUCACGGGGCUACUCAGAACUAGCCUCCGUGUGUGCACGAAUGUGUGAUGUGUGUGUGUGUUUUCUUUUCGUUGCAUUUGGCUUGAGAUCCUUUGUGGCGUCGUAUCGGCCUGUAUCGGGUUUGUUAGUUGGCUCACUACCAGCAUAUAAUCCGGGAUUCUAAGUUGCUCACUGCAAUGAUCCUUUGAGCUUAUAUUUAUUAU